GGGACGAACCCCGUGAUUCCAGCUCUGGUUGCACGAUCGAAGGAUUUCUGGCUGACACAUGGAAGAUCAAGGAACGAGAGUCAAAGCCUGUCAAGUCCUCCACUCUCCUUCCAUUCUUCAAGCUUCGCGACGUUUCAAGUACAAGCUUUCAUGGGGAUGCGCUCUGUCGUACCUGGAAUGACGUAGCUCUGCCUAACCACGACCAAGACCAAACCUUGCCGAAUGCACAUCUCCCGCUCCAACCCAUCAACCUCCUAGUGCGCGAAAUUUCCUCGCCGCGUUCUUGUACAUACUGCUCUCGAUUGUUGAAGAAUGCUAUAAUUCCCCUCCUCGUCGCUCCUUACUGCUCACGUUGCAUCUGCUUUUUCAAAGAUCCUGGCUCUCCGGUGAAGCUAUCCCACGCAAGGUGGUGCGGUUCUCCCACACACUCAACGAUGGCCCCGAAGACAAUGUUGUCCAGCGAAAAAUAUUUACUCCCUCUCAAGGAUGAUGGGAGCCCAGAUGUCGCCGGAGGAUAUAUUUACCUCACUCCCAAGAGCACUGCCCCGAUCAUUGUCAGAUUCGCAAUUGAAGGUACAUCCUCAAUCUGCAGACAUGGCAGCCUUUGGGUGAAUAUCCCAGAGGAGGGCGCAGAGUUCCGGAGAGAGAAGUUUCGAGAGUUCAAGCUUGAACCAGACUUCAAUCGAACAAUCGAGAUCUCCGUCCCCAUCCACGGCGCAGGCGCAUUUGCCUUCUACACGACCUACACUCCUCUUCCCGACCUUUCCGAAACUACACAGAAACCCCUCGCACCUGCAAAGACAGAGACAUUCUAUAUCGAUGUUGCGCCACGACUCACUCUCGAUGGAAGACAGAUGCCCUUGGCGGCACUAUCAAUAUUCUCGAUCAUCUCCAAGUUCAUGGGCAAAUACCCCAAGGAUUGGGAGAAGCACCUUCGGGGCAUCAGCGAGCGAGGCUACAAUAUGAUUCACUUCACACCUUUACAACAUAGAGGGCAGUCGAAUUCCCCAUAUAGCAUAUACGAUCAGCUGAGUUGGGAUCCAGAAUGCUUCCCAAACGGUGAGGCUGAUAUCGAGAAAUUGGUACAGAACAUGGAGACGCAAUACGGUUUGUUAGGGCUGACGGAUGUCGUUUUCAAUCAUACUGCGGACGACAGCUUAUGGCUGCAAGAGCAUCCCGAGGUGGGAUACAACGUUUCGACGGCACCUUGGCUACGUUCUGCCUUGGAAUUGGACACGGCUUUACUUGCGUACAGCAGUAAUCUGUCGAAACUCGGCUUGGCUACCACUCUCAAGAGUGUGGAUGACCUUAUCAAGAUUAUGGAUGGGAUUAAGACUGAAGUUAUUGCCAAACUCAGACUUUGGGAAUACUAUGUCAUUGAUAUCGAACGUGAUGCUGAUGCUGCUAUUGAAGCAUGGGCAAACGGCGAUAUCAAGUUCCCUCACGGCGGCUUCGGUGGCGAUGGUAUUGGCGGUCUGGAGGCUAUCAGAAAUGCCACUCCCUUUGAAAAAGCACAGUUCUUAACGAAGAAGGGUUUAUUGAACACGGACACAAUGGGCGAGAGGUACAGGAGGCGAAUAGACCCUCAAAUUGGCGCUGCUCUGAUCACUGCCAUCUAUGGUCGAUUUGAAGGAGAUGAUUCCGACUCGGCCGAUCGCGCUGUUGCUAGAAGCAAGUUCACCAGCAUUUUGGACGAAGUUAACCUGCCGCUCUACAAAGAGUACGAUGCAGACGUUGCGGAAAUUCUCGAGCAGAUUUUCAAUCGGGUGAAAUAUGUCCGGCUUGACGACCAUGGGCCGAAGCUUGGCCCAAUUGACCAGAAAAACCCUCUCAUUGAAUCUUACUUCACGAGAUUACCCAAGAAUUCGAUCACAGCAAAGCAUAAGCAAGAGGAUCUUGCAUUGGUCAACAAUGGUUGGAUCUGGGCUGCUAAUGCUUUGAUUGAUAAUGCUGGUCCUAACUCUCGGGCUUACCUCCGUCGCGAAGUCAUCGUGUGGGGUGACUGCGUGAAGUUACGAUACGGCAGCGGGCCAGAAGACAGUCCGUAUUUGUGGGAGCACAUGGCCAAGUAUACUCGUAUGAUGGCCAAGUAUUUCCAAGGAUUUCGCAUUGACAAUUGUCACUCGACUCCUCUACAUGUGGCGGAAUUUCUUCUAGACGAAGCAAGACGAGUCCGACCAGAUCUCUUCGUGGUCGCCGAACUUUUCACCGGGUCCGAAGAGAUGGAUUAUGUUUUCGUCAAACGUCUGGGAAUUAGCUCCCUGAUCAGAGAAGCCAUGCAAGCGUGGGGGACUGGAGAACUCAGUCGACUGGUGCAUCGCCAUGGUGGCCGUCCCAUCGGCAGCUUUGAAGUCGAUGAGAUUUCUGGAAAUGAGCCGAAGAACACUCCGAACGGUACCACAAAUAAUCAAACCCAGCGCGAGAUCAUUCGCAAGAUUAAGCAAACGCCAGUUCAUGCCCUGUUCAUGGAUUGCACUCAUGACAAUGAAGUUCCAGCGCAGAAACGAGAUGCUCGUGAUACUCUCCCAAAUGCGGCAUUGGUCAACAUGUGCGCUAGUGCGACUGGCAGUGUGAUGGGUUACGAUGAAGUCUAUCCGAAACUGGUGGACCUCGUGCAUGAGACAAGACUGUACACUUCGCCAUCCUCAACGAAGCACGUCGAAGUUGGCGGCGGUGAGGGUGGUAUUGGGGGUAUCAAGAAACUCUUGAACCAGAUCCAUACUUUGAUGGGGAAGGAUGGGUAUGAUGAGACGCAUAUCCAUCACGAGGAUCAAUAUAUCACCGUCCACCGAGUUCAUCCUGAGUCUAGAAAGGGGUACUUCCUUAUUGCUCACACAGCGUUCCCAGGAUACGGGAACGGAAAUGGUGGGCUCAGUCCUGUUCAUCUCGGAGGUACCAAGGCUCGACACCUGGGCAGUUGGAUGCUCGAGGUUGAUAUGAGCGACGAAGCCAAGAAGGCAGCCUUAGAGGACAAGAAGUUCUUGAGAGGUUUGCCGAGUAAAGUCAUCGACCUGCCUGGAAUUCGAAUGGAGGCCAGACAAGACGAGACGGUGAUUUCUGUCCGGGACAAGUUCCCUCCCGGAAGUAUCGCUUUGUUUGAGACUUGGAUUCCUGAAGCAGAUCACACGACUAGUCUAGAUACAUACGUCACAUCGGGAGGAAAGGCUGCAUUUGCGCAUGUUAGUCUCAUUGAUUUGAACUUCGUCUUGUACAGAUGCGAAGCAGAGGAACUCGAUGCGAGCGACGGAAAAGAUGGAGUUUAUGAUAUCCCAGGGCACGGCAAGCUUGUCUACGCUGGCCUUCAAGGCUUCUGGAGCAUCUUGAAGGAUAUCAUUGAGAACAAUGAUCUCGCUCAUCCUCUUUGCCAACAUUUACGGAAUGGCCAGUGGCCUUUGGACUACAUCUCCGGUCGCCUGGAACGGAUAUCCAAGAAAGACGGAUUUGAAAAUCUGAUAAAGCCAGCGGCCUGGCUGAAAGACCGCUUCGAUGCUAUUCGGAAGCUGCCCAGCUUCUUACUACCUCGAUACUUCGGUCUCGUAAUCCGUACAGCCUACAACGCGGCCUGGAACCGUGGCCUUGACCUCAUGAACGAAAAUGUUCAGAAAGGCCAAUGGUUCUUGAAGGACCUUGCGAUGGUCAGCGUUCAACAAAUUGGUUAUGUCAAGUCUGCAUCCUUGUAUUCCAAGAAAGCUGUUCCGUCAAUGGCAGCUGGCCUUCCUCAUUUCGCAGUUGAGUGGGCACGAUGCUGGGGCCGAGAUGUUUUCAUUUCCGCUCGUGGUUUGUGUCUUGGCACUGGUCGAUAUUCUGACUGCAAAGAGCAUAUUCUUGCUUUUGCUAGUGUGCUGAAGCACGGCAUGGUCCCCAAUCUUCUGUCAAGUGGCAGUAACCCUCGGUAUAAUGCUCGAGAUGCAAUUUGGUUCAUGCUUCAAACGAUCCAGGAUUAUACCAAGAUUGUGCCCGGUGGUGUUGAGAUCUUGAAGGAGAAGAUUCCUCGAAGGUUCUUGCCUUAUGACGAUACUCACUUUGAGGCCAACGAUCCUCGAGCAUACUCGAAGUCUUCAACUCUUGAAGAUAUCAUUCAAGAAGCGAUGCAACGGCAUGCAGCGGGCAUGAAAUUCCGCGAAGCCAAUGCUGGCCCAGGUCUGGAUAUGCAGAUGAACUCGAAUGGGUUCAAUCAGGAGAUUAAGGUUGACUGGGAGACUGGCUUAAUCUUUGGUGGAAACCAAGAUAACUGUGGAACUUGGAUGGACAAGAUGGGUGAGUCAGGCCGUGCGAAUAGCAAGGGGGUACCUGGAACUCCUAGAGAUGGAGCUGCGAUCGAAAUCACAGGACUUCUCUACAGCACGCUCGUUUGGCUUUCCGAAUUGCACAGAGAAGGCAAGUACAAAUAUACCGGCGUCAGCACCUCCACCGGGAAUUCGGAACCCGUAACUUUCGAUGAUUGGGCCGCGAAGAUCAAGGACAAUUUUGAGCGCUGCUACUGGGUUCCAAUGGAAGCCAAAGACGAUUCCAAGUACGACAUCAACACAAAGAUCAUCAACCGCCGGGGCAUCUACAAAGACCUCUACAAGAGCGGAAAAGAGUACGAAGACUACCAACUCCGCGCCAACUUCCCCAUCGCCAUGACCGUCGCCCCCGACCUCUUCGUCCCCGCGCAUGCUUUGCAUGCCCUCACACUGGCCGACAAGGUCCUGCGCGGCCCCACUGGAAUGGCGACCCUCGACCCCAAGGAUCUCAAUUAUCGCCCUUAUUACAAUAAUUCUGAAGAUAGCACGGAUUUUGCGACGAGCAAGGGACGGAACUACCAUCAGGGACCGGAGUGGCUGUGGCCAACGGGCUUCUUCUUGAGAGCACUGUUGAAGUUUGAUCUAAUGCGGAGGAAGGGGCCGCAGGAGAGGACGGAGGCAUUCCAGCAGAUUACUAGACGACUCAAAGGUUGCAAAGAAGCUAUUCAAAGCAGUCCGUGGGCUGGGCUUACUGAGCUGACAAAUAAGAAUGGGGAGUUUUGUGGGGAUUCGUCCCCAACGCAGGCUUGGAGUGCGGGCUGCUUGAUUGAUCUUUAUCAUGAUGCGGCGCAGUAUAAUGUUAGCCAAUUGUCGGAGUCGAGUAAUUGAGAGGAGGUGGACUGCAUUCGGGAUUACAGUGUCUAGAGAGACUGAAGAUACACGAGGUGGGGUAUUUUGAUCUGGCGAGAACUCCAGAAGUGGAAGCGGAAGGAUGAGAGGAAUCAGAGCCAGAAUCAGAGUGGUAAAGGAACAGGCACGAGGAGAUGGUAGAUAGAACUCAUGAAAAUAAACGGCUUUUGGAAUGGUUACUAUAAUCGCUAUUUUUGUCUGUUGAUUGUGGGAUGGUGAAGGAAGACAGGGGAGAGGGAAAGAGAAAAGGGGAGCCAAAUCACAUGCUCGCUUGCCUAGGAAAGUCAGAUGACAUCCCGCAUGCAGCUAUGCCUAAAGCCGCUCAGCCUCACAUCCUCAUCAGC